GACACAAACUCACACACACAUACAUAUUGACAUCCACUGAGGAAAGUAGAGGUCUGCGAUCCACAUUUAAAAGAGCACAGGAAAACAAUGUCCUCUUGCAUGGUGAAGUCCAGAACUAGAAACCCAUAUGCAGCCGUUCAGGUGGACCCAGACAGCGCUUACAUCACUCCAGGAACAUUAGACCUGGAGCAGCUGUUCUGGACUGGCACCACAGCUCAUUACACACACUUCAACGAGGUCUGGCCAGAUGUCUACAUCGGGGAUGAGAAAACUGCUCUGGAGCGGCCUGGUCUGAAGGAUCUGGGGAUUACACAUAUCCUGAAUGCAGCAGAGGGAAAGUGGAAUAAUGUGCUGACUGGUGCUCAGUACUACAGAGACAUGGAAAUCCAGUAUUAUGGUGUAGAGGCUGAUGACAAACCCACUUUCAACAUCUCCCAGUACUUCAGGCCUGCAGCAAAUUUCAUCCACGAGGCCCUCGCUCACCCACAGAACAAGGUCCUGGUGCACUGUGUGAUGGGCCGGAGCAGGUCAGCGACACUGGUCCUGGCAUACCUGAUGAUGAAACACAAUUUAACUGUAGUGGACGCAAUUGAGCAUGUGCGACAGCGCCGCUGUAUCCUGCCCAAUCACGGCUUCUUAAAACAGCUCAGAGCCCUGGACAUUUCACUGCAGGAGGAAAGGCUGAGACAAAAGAAAGAAGCACAGGACCAACAGUAA